UGCGUGUUGCGUGCUGGAGGUCGUUGGAGUCACCGGCCCUAUUCCUACCCGGCACCGAGCCCGAGCCCUCCGUCCACUCCAUCAUGCUGUCCUCCUUCGCCCGCCCCGUCGGCACCGCUCUCCGCCGCGGCCUGAGCACCUCGGCGCAGAAUAAUGCAAAAGUUGCUGUGCUAGGUGCUUCCGGAGGAAUCGGACAGCCCCUUUCGCUGCUCCUGAAGAAUAGCCCUUUGGUGAGCCGGUUAACGCUCUACGACAUUGCUCAUACCCCGGGUGUAGCAGCUGAUUUGAGCCACAUUGAGACCAGAGCAAAUGUAAAAGGUUACAUGGGACCCGAGCAGCUGCCAGAUUGUUUGAAAGGCUGUGACGUUGUUGUGAUUCCUGCCGGAGUCCCCAGAAAGCCAGGAAUGACUCGUGACGACCUUUUCAACACCAAUGCUACAAUCGUAGCUACUCUGGCUGCUGCCUGUGCCAAGCAUUGCCCAGAAGCCAUGAUCUGUAUUAUUGCGAACCCGGUCAAUUCUACCAUCCCGAUCACAUCUGAAGUUUUUAAGAAACAAGGCGUGUACAACCCCAACAAAAUCUUUGGGGUCACAACCCUGGAUAUCGUCAGAGCAAAUACUUUUGUGGCAGAACUGAAGGGCCUAGAUCCAGCUCGAGUCAACGUCCCCGUCAUCGGAGGCCAUGCCGGGAAGACCAUCAUCCCCCUGAUCUCUCAGUGUACACCCAAGGUGGAGUUUCCUGAGGAUCAGCUGAAAACCCUGACGGGAAGGAUCCAGGAGGCUGGGACGGAGGUCGUCAAAGCCAAAGCCGGAGCAGGUUCUGCUACCCUGUCAAUGGCCUAUGCCGGCGCCAGAUUUGUGUUCUCUGUUGUGGAUGCAAUGAAUGGGAAGGAGGGAGUCGUGGAGUGCUCUUUUGUCAGAUCAGAAGAGACAGAGUGCUCCUACUUUUCCACGCCCUUGCUGCUCGGGAAAAAAGGCAUCGAGAAGAACCUGGGCAUCGGCAAGCUCUCCCCUUUUGAGCAGAAGAUGGUUGCUGAGGCUAUUCCCGAGCUGAAGGCUUCCAUCAAGAAAGGAGAGGAUUUUGUGAAGAGUAUGAAGUGAGAAAAUGGUCCUGUGAAAAGAGGAAUCCAUUUCCUUAAUUUAUUAAAGCAUCAUGUCACUUGAAAGUUGUUUCUUAAGCAAUGCAUCUUCUCCGAGGAGAGCGAUUGUAUUAAGGAAUUUUGUCGAUUGGUAUUUUGGCACAUCAAUAAAGCAGCCAUCUUUUUUC